UCACGAAGAAAUGGAGGAGAAGGGAGAAGGGAGAAGGGUUCUAUACCUAUGGAGCGCACAAAGUCUCAGGAGGAUUACAGUGGCAAACGAAAGCCUGGCGAAGGCAAAGAGGGUCUGGCUUCUAUUUCGGAAGGGAGUGUAAAGAAAAAAGUUAGGGUUAAUCCUGACCAAAGUAAUUCAACUAUGGUAGAUAUGGAAGAGCUAACGGUGGGUGCUGGGAUCCAGUCCCACCAAUCUCCAUGAAAAUCCUUAGCUGGAACUGCCGGGGACUAGGGCAUCCUUUGACAGUUCAGGAUCUGCGCGAUUUCGUGAAGAAAGAGCGGCCCGAUUUCGUCUUCUUGUCGGAGACGGAGUGUAAUUCUAGAAAAUUUGAUUUUUUGAAAAUGAGUUUUGGAUUGUGUGGUCUGGCUGUAGAGUCGCAAGGAAAUUCUGGGGGUUUAGCGUUGUUUUGGCAAAAAAAGUUGAGUGUAGUGCUACAGAGCUACUCUCGAGGUCAUAUUGAUGUGC